AAGCGAACAGCGGCACGUUGCAAUGUUGGGAGUUGUAGUUCAUUUAUGCUCGAGGCUGCGUGGUCCCAAUACGGAGCCCCUGCGCACGAGAACUACAUGUACCACAUGCAACUGGGAAAGUCCGCUUUCAGUGGCGAAUUUGUUUUGGUUAAUACGGACUACGCUUUGUCACGCCGAGCGAAGGUCCACCUCGGGAUUUCAACCUGCCCGUUAACUCUGAAUUCUGCGUUGUCGACCUCGGAAGCUGGCCAGCUAGUUAGCAAAGAAGCUAACCAUUGCCAGUCAUUCCCCAUGUCCUCAGAAGAAGAAGGCUUGAGCUCAACGAUUACGGGUUGGCUUUUUGUCCAUUCCUGGUGGCUGCUCGUGCCGUUCAUCAUGCUGCUGGUCGUCGCCGCCUUCAUCGUGGCCUUCGUGCUGCUUCUGUACAUGAUAUCGCCGCUUAUUAGCCCCAAACCCCUCAAGCUGAACGGGGCCCACGUCGUGGUGACUGGAGGCUCCAGUGGAAUUGGUAAAUGCAUAGCGAUGGAGUGCUACAGACAAGGAGCUUUCAUUACGCUGGUGGCACGAGAUGAGACAAAGUUGAUUCAAGCCAAAAAAGAGGUGGAGAAAUUUGCCAUCAAUGACAAACAGGUGGUGCUCUGCAUAUCAGUGGAUGUUUCCAGUGAUUACAGUCAGGUGGAAAGUGUUAUAAAACAGGCUCAAGAAAAGUUGGGGCCUGUCGAUAUGCUUGUAAACUGUGCCGGAACAUCAUUUUCGGGAAAGUUUGAGGAAGUGGAGGUAGACCGUUUUAAGAGGCUAAUGGAGGUGAACUACCUGGGCAGCGUUUAUCCAACACGUGCCGUCAUAACCACCAUGAAGGAGCGAAGAAUGGGCCGCAUCAUGUUCGUGUCCUCCCAGGCGGGCCAGAUCGGCCUAUUUGGAUACACGGCUUACUCCCCGUCCAAGUUUGCCCUGCGCGGUUUGGCCGAGUCGCUGCAGAUGGAGAUGAAACCGUACAAUAUCUACGUGACGCUGGCCUUCCCACCAGACACAGACACGCCAGGGCUGGUUGAGGAAAACAAGAUGAAGCCUCUGGAAACCAGAUUAAUCUCUGAAACCUCCGGAGUUUGUCAACCAGACCAAGUGGCCAAGAUUGUCGUCCGAGACGCCGUGCAGGGAAACUUUAACAGCUCCGUGGGUCCAGACGGCUACAUGCUGUCAGCCCUCACCUGUGGGAUGUCUCCUGUCACCUCCAUUACAGAGGGUCUCCAGCAGAUUGUUACCAUGGGUCUGUUCCGUACCAUCGCCCUCUUCUACCUGGGAAGUUUUGACAGCAUCGUGCGCCGCUGCAUGAUUCAGAGGGAGCAGUCCAAGGCGUCCGACAAGCGAGAGUAAACGCCGCUGUUCCCUCGUCCGAAAAGGCCCACAAGCAGCGAGGUGAACGGACUAUUGUGUUUACUCUUCGCAGCUCCGCUACUCGUGCCCCCUCCCCCCUCACCAACCGCAGUGACAUUUCACUUUUAACGUGCACAUGCUUCUCGUCACGGGAGCAGCCUUACUUUAGCAGGUGUAUUUUGCUGUUGUAAUAAUGGAACUAAGCGAUAGUACACAUUAGCGGGCCUCCCCGCCUCUUCUUGCGCAGGAAAAACAAUAUCCUGCUGGACCGGUUGUGCCAAAUAUGGCCUGACAUUCUCUCCCACGGGGGCUCAAGUGAAAACAAGACUGAUAUGUCACUUUUUUUCCUCGCGUUGCAUGCUUCUUUUAACGUAGGGCCACCAUGUUGUAAAUGUAUUGUUUCACCCAAUAAGAAGAAUUCUCAACCUUUUCCUACCGUUAAGUCUUUGCAGGCAAAGACUACUCGGACCACUCAGUCAGAAACCUGGCUUGUGUGUGUAUGUGUUUUUGAGUAAUACAAAUGUAAUUUCAGUUAGAAAGGAAUGGUCGUUUUCAACCACAUUUCCACCAAGCACUAGAGUUCAGUUUGUCACAGUAUGACUGGCUCGAUGGCAGAUCCCGGUUAUCAUCCUUGCGUGUGUUUCUGCUGUGGGCUACGAAGGCCGCAUGGCGAUACACUGUAAGCGUGACAUCAUAGCCGUGGCACCUGCCCGUAAGGAGCAUAACACAGUAAAGCGAAUGCAAAAAUGGAGGACAUCAUUUUGUGCUUCUUUCUUCUUGACUUGUUUAUUAUUAUUGUUUGUAUUCAUAUGGACUGAAUUUACACUGCGUGGUUCAAGUAACACAAUUCUGAUGUUUUGCUGUCAAGUAUCACAGUUGGGAUAUGUAUCAUGGUAGCGUAAAUAGAAAAAAAAAAUCUCCACGUCAGUAUCGGGCCUCUUCCAAAUAAGGACAAAAAUCCAAUACACAUCGACUAUCUGCCAAGUCGAGCGCAGCAUAAACGCACAGAUCGCUUGAUGGUUCGUCUGCACGUGUGGGUUGUUCCAUGUGUUCCGUCGGUGAAAAACAGCCAUAUGGGAUGUGUCACUUAAGUGUCAUAAAAUCAGAUAUAGGCAUCAAAUUGGAAUUGGACACUUGGACCUGUGGUGCGAAUCCAAUCAACAGACUUCCGUGAGACUCGAUCACAAGGGUGCAAAAAGGAGGUGAUGUUUUUUUUGGGGGGGGCGGGGGGGGGGGGGGUCACUCGUCACAGCAAAUGCAAAAGUCAAAUGCCGUACCAGACUGAACAGAUUUAUAUUGCUUGGUGGAAAGUGGACAAUUAAAAUCGCGUGUGCAUGCAUGCUUCUGCGAUGUGACUGAGCCAACGUUCAUAAAAAAAUAAAAAAUAAAAAUAAGCCAUCGGACGUUUACUAUUUCCGGAUCAUCCCACAUUAUUUCAGCAGGUACUUUUAUUUCAAGCCAUGGUGAAUGAACGCUCAAGUGACAGUUCACCUUUCUAAUAUAAUACACUUUUUUUCUGUUGUUCUGUGAGCGUGCAUAGCUUCCGUGCAAUUUGUAUGUGUCAGUGCACAUAUUAUGCCAGGCGGUCUGCGUUGGCGCUGACCUAAAUCAGGGCAGAGCGAAACUCGCUGGUUCGAAAAAUGCCUGUGCAGGUCGAGUGAGGGCGCUAGAGAUUUGUUUUAAAUGCAGACGGUGUCGCUACUUUAGAUGUCCUGCCAAGCACGGGCAGGACUCCCCGAACAGACAUUUAAUAUACUGAAUUCCUUUCAAAAUGGUGGUCUUGUAAGUCUUCCUUUGGUCCAGAAUGUACUUUCAUACAAGUCUGAGCAUAGGAAUAUUCUUUUUAUGCACGCUGAUAGUUGAAUGCCAAAAUGUGUCGAGACAAUUCCUUUUGAGAUGUCUUUUGCGGUCGUGCGGACGUAAGCGGCGACCUGUUCUAACCAAGCCUUAAGAUGCGACGACUGAUCGAGCGACCACAGCGAAGCCCGUCCACUCUGACACGCGGGUGUGUAGUUUACCAAUGAUAUCAGCUUUUCAGUGUAAAUUGUCAACUUUCUUUGGUUUUGUAUUGUCUCUGUGUGUGGCUUGUGUCAGUGAAGAAAAGACGCCUUACAGAAAUCCAAAAAAUGAAAGUGAGAAGACAUGACUCGUGUUUGACGACGUUCUCGUUUAAUUUUUGAUUUAAAGGCGCGCCGAGCUUUCCUUGUCGCUUUCGAUCGUCCUCCCAUUUUGUUGACGUAGCAACACAUACUGGUACAUCUCAGUAAAUUUGAAUUUUGUGGAAAAGGUUUUUUGGUUUUUUUUUUCCCAGUAGUUCAAUUCAAAAAGUGAAAUUUGUUAUGUAAAGUGGAUAUAAAAAGUUUACACACCCCUGUUAAAAUGCUAGGCUUUUCCUGGUAAAUCAUUUCAGAACUGUUACCUGCACAGCUCAAUUAAAAAAAAAAAAAAAUUAAGAGUGAAAAUAAAAAUGAACAUUAUAGUGAGGUACACCCUUGACUGUUAACUGAGAAUGUGGUUGCACAAGUGUGCACACCCUCUUAUAACUAGGGAAGUGGCUCUGUUAAAAAAUUAACCAACUCACAUUCAAACUCAAAUUUCAGAUGUUCCGGUAGACUUUUCCUGACAUUUUUGAAGUCACUUUUUCGAGCAGAAGCCAUGGUCCACAGAGCGCUUCCUCGGCAUCAAUUGGGAGAAGGGUACAAAAGAAUUUCCAAGGCAUUAAGUGUACCAUGGAACACAGUCAUCAUCAAGUAGAGAAAAUGUGGCAAAACAGUGAUGACCAAGACCUGGAUGUCGAUCCAAAAUUGAUGAAAAAUGAUGAGGGAGACUGCCAAGAUUCAAGGAGCUGCAAGAAUUUACACAAUAGUUUAUAUUUACUUCCCCUCUCAAAAAGAUGUCCGAGGAGUGUUUGUUUUUUAAAUCUUGCUCUAAUAUAUCAAAAACCUGGCAUUGGGAGAGGGAUGUGUACACUUUCUAUUUCCACUGUAGAGUCAUUAACAACAUUUUCAGAAGCCAAAUUCCUAGUGAAUGGAGAUAUCCAGUGUGAGUUUCACAUUUGGAAUUGCAAAACUGGAGUAAAUGAACUUUCCCCUGAUAUUUUUAAUUCAUUGAAAUGCACUUGUAGUGACUCCAACAUGUAGCCUGUUGUUUUAACGCUGAUAAGCUAUGCAAAGAAAAGCCUGCGCUUUCAAUGUCUUUGAGCAUUUACAGUCAGGAUCGGAGUCUUAGAACAGGCAGGCUCGUCGCCACUUGUCAUUUAAUAAUCAACAAACACAUUUUAUGUUCAGUCUGUCUUAUUCUUCCUCCCCUUUCACCUCGUGUGCCAUGGAACGCAACCUGUCAGAAGUAGAACUGUUUAAUGUAUUAUUUCUGAGAGAUGAACUGAAUAAAUUCAUAUGAGGAAAGCUCA